GUAACCAACGAAAUGAGUUAGGAGUCUAGUUGCCAGAAAAAUUGCAAUUUUUCCUUUAGGUGAAAAUGGAGAUGAGAGCAAAAGAAGACAUUCCAAUAGGCCAAGACCUCACUCCUCCAAUCCCACCACUUUCCCUCUCCCUCCACCAUUCUACACUCCUCUCUCACUGUUCUUCUUGCUUUUCUCCUCUCCCUCAUCCUCCUUCUCUUCACUAUCCUCCCUUCUUCUCCCUUAAAAAUCCCAACCCAAAUCACUUCAUUCGUUACUGUUCCCUUCAAUGCUCUUCUCUCGACUCCCCUAUUCACUUCUCCUCUUCAGAAUUCCACUUCUUUCACCUCUUUCCUCAACCCCUUUACACCACUUUCCCUACUUCCUCCGACCUUCGUCUCUCCCUCCGCCUUCUCCACCGCUUCCAAACGCUUCAUCUCAUCCAAGAAUCAAAUGGGUCUUUCUUAAAUUUGGAAAGAAUUGGUGGGUUGGUGACGAAUUUCAGGAAAGUAAUGUUCUUGGAAGAACACUGCAGCGAUGAUGAACUUUCUGGAAGAAUUCGUGAUGGGGCAAAGGCUUUGGCAGCUUCAAGAAGAAUGUGUGUCGGCUUAGAGACCAAUGGAGAGUAUACUUUGGAAGCUGCAGUGCUCUGCUUAGUGCUGACCAAUGCAGUGGAAGUGCAUGAUAAGGAUGGGAGAAGUUUAGGCGUGGGUGUUUAUGAUGUAACGUUUUCAUGGGUCAAUCAUAGCUGCUCUCCUAAUGCUUCUUACAGAUUUUGUACAGCAUCAGAUUCUGGGGGGAUAUUGGAGAGUAGGAUAUGUCCUGCAGCUCCAGAGACUGGUGUUGCUGGCAUUGAAAGUGAAUCAAUUAGUAGUAAUACUAAACUUCAGAAAUCCAUGUCAGUGAUUGGUGGAAGUGAAGCAUGUGGUCCGAAGAUAAUCUUUAGAAGUAUAAAGAGCAUCCAUGAAAGUGAAGAAGUGUUGAUAACAUACACUGACUUGUUACAGCCUAAGGUGAUGAGGCAAUCAGAGUUGUGGUCUAAGUACAGGUUCAGUUGCUGCUGUAAACGCUGUAGAGCAAUGCCUACGACUUAUAUAGAUCAUUGUCUGCAGGUAAAAUCAUAUGGGUUGAGAACAUUGGUUAGAAAGGAAAUCUUAAUUUUAAAUCUCGUUUGUUCAAAUAUGGCUUCUGGUGACAACUUUUACGGGGACCAUGUAAUGGAGAAGCUGAUGGAUUGCUUGAAUGACGCUAUAGACGACUUCCUGUCAUUUAAUAGCCCCAAGAAUUGUUGUGAAAAACUUGAGAUCCUGCUUACUCAAGAUCAUGUUAACAUACUUCUAAAGCCUAAUGGAGAAAAAUUACAUCAACUCUUCAGAUUACAUCCUCUUCAUCAUGUCUCUUUGCAUGCCUACAUGACACUUGCUUCUGCAUAUAAAGUCUCUGUAAGUGAACUGCUGGCCGUAGACCCUGAAGGUGAUGAACAUCAAACCGAAGCUUUUAAUAUGAGCAGAAAGAGUGCAGCAUAUUCCUUGUUGCUUGCAGGUGCCACCCAGCAUUUAUUAGAAUCUGAAUCUUCUCUCAUUGUGCCUGUGUCAAAUUUUUGGACGACUGCUGGUGAGACUUUACUAAGUCUUGUCAGAAGCUCCACAUGGGACUUAUUUUCAAAGGGAAGACACAUUGAAGAUUUUUCAUUUUUGUCAUAUCAAAUUUGUGGCAAAUGCAUGCUGCUUGAUAGGUUUAGAGAUAAUUCUACUGGCACUCCCGAUAAAAAUGCAGAAUUUGCUGAGGUAACUAGCCAAUUUUUGAAUUGUGUUACCGAUACAACACAAAAAAUCUGGGGUUUUCUCAUAGAGGAAGGUGGUUACUUGAAAGUAGUUGAGGAUCCCAUUAACUUUAGAUGGCUUGGGAGUAGGAUGCCAUCUCUUACUCAUUUUGCAGCUCAUGCUACAAGCCCUGGUGCAUCAGACAAAACAGAUUCUGGAUUGGAAGCAGAAGAAUAUCACAACAAGAUACGGGUAAAAUUGUUCUUGCUUGGUAUUCAUUGCUUAAUCUAUGGAGCAUUUUUGUCAACUGUAUGGUUUGGUCCUAAUUCACCACUGAUGUCUAAAGUUGAAAGUCUUCUCUGUGUCGAAGGUAUUCUGAAUGGUUAAGCUAUUGGUUGCAUGCAAAUCCCAAUUGUUUGUCUAAUAGUCUUUUAAGUUGUUGGCUACAUAAUGGGAUAUCCUUAUACUUGGCUCGGAUUUUUAUUGGUUAUGAUGUGUCAUCCAUGUUAGAUCGAGUGAGGAACACAUAAAGGUUAAGUGGAAUUUAACCUUUAAUUAAAUGAGAAGAUCAGGCCCUGCUAGAUAAUUAAGUGAUGAGUGUGAUCACAAAUUUUAAUUCUAUUUAAAGUAGUUUAGUGAAGAAAGCAAAUCUCCAAUG